AUGGCAACUGCAGUGGCACCAGUUUCCAGCUCCCCUGCAAUGAAUACAUGGGAAGAUCAAGGCCAAAGUCUUGAUGAUGCGCCUCCUAUGCCCUGGAUGACCAUUGCCUACUAUACAUGCGAGGUGAUAUUGGGGUUCUGUGCAGCUGUCGGUAAUGCCACCAUCGUCAUAGCCGUAGCCGCCACAAAGAAGCUCCACACCGUACCCAACGCCUACCUCGUCUCCCUGGCCAUUACCGACUUCUGCAUGGGUGUUUUAGGGAUUCCUUCCCUGUUGCUCGCCCUCAACGGUUACCCAAGGAAUUACGGCCUCUGCAUGACGCUUCUGACCAUCGUCCUGCUCCUGGAUCUGUGUUCCAUGUACUCUCUCCUGGCACACACCUUCAACCAGUACUACUGCACUUGCAGACCCCUCCAUUAUCCAACCAUCAGUACCACCAAUCGGGUCAUACUUCACGUGUUCCUGGCUUGGACUUUCCCUCUCGCCGUCGCUUUGGUCAUGCCGAUUGGUUGGAACAACGGCGAUCCUUCAAAGGGCCUCUGUGUUCUGAUAGAGAUUGUUAGUAUGGACUUCUUGGCCUUCAUGUUCUUCGUUGGCAUGAUACCCCCAUUCAUCGCUAUGUGCAUCAUGUAUCGCAGUAUAUUCAAAGCUAUUUCAAAACAGAUGCGUCAACUGGAAGAUCUAGAGAAGAUAAGGACCCGACUACAAGUGCCAGCUUCAUCUCGUGGCGCCUCCAAGAAUGGUUCUUCAAGCGUUAAAGAUAAUGAUGAUACGACAAGAAAAUCAGAGGACGUUUUGGCGCCAACGAGUAAAACGCAGAAUAACAAACACGAUGACGAUUGCAGCAAUUGUGGGAAUGCAGAUAGAAGAGAUAAAGAUGUUAAUGAAAAAAGUAAGGGAACCGGCAGCGUAGCGAAUUCAUUCAAGCGAGUAGAAGCAGAACGCAAGAAAGCGCUAUUCUUUUGCUUUCUCAUGCUGUUUCUCUUCUGCACAUGGUGUCCGAUAUUCACUCUUGAUAGUAUCAUUGCCUUUGGAAUCGUCCCAAGUAUCAACCAGCACGUUCUUAACCUCGCCGUUCUCUUAAGCCAUUUCAAUAGUGCUUUUAACCCCGUCAUCUACGCGCGCAAGAGUGAGUUUCGGCUUGUUUUUAGACGAUGGUGGGCGAGAAUAACGUGCCAAAAUCGUCGCGUGCAUGGAGAAGGCAGUGGCGUACACUCCGUGUCUACCGUAGGCUGA